GUUGGUGUACACAUACAUCCAUAUUUUGUUGCACACACAUUUUAGGUAUUUUCAAACAGAUUUUUCUUCAUAAGGAAUUAAGGAUUAUGAUUUUAAAAAACAUCUCUCAAAAUCAAAGGAAACUCAUAACACGAUUGGAAAGAGCAAGUGCGUAUAGGAGGUUUUUGUUUACAUGAGACUGAAGUCUCACGAAAUUCGCAUCCUCGGACCCUCUUCUUGAGUUCUUUCCCCUUGUGGGUUCAAAGCUGCAUAAACUUACGGCUCCACCAAUCGCUCUGGAAGUCUUAAAAUAUCCAUUAACAACCGUUAGCUUCCACUCUGCCUUCCUCUCUCCCAGGCAAUGGAUACAGGAGGGAACUCAUUAUCAUCUGGACCAGAUGGGAAGAAGCGAAAGGUAUGCUAUUUCUAUGACCCAGAAGUUGGGAAUUAUUAUUAUGGUCAAGGUCAUCCAAUGAAGCCACACAGAGUUCGGAUGACACAUGCCCUUCUUGCUCACUACGGACUACUACAACAUAUGCAUGUACUGAAGCCUUCUCCUGCUAGAGAUAAGGAUCUUUGCAGGUUCCAUGCUGAUGAUUAUGUUGCUUUCUUGAAAAGCAUAACUCCAGAAACACAACAAGAUAAUCUUAGGCUGCUGAAGAGGUUUAAUGUUGGAGAAGACUGUCCAGUGUUUGAUGGUCUGUACUCCUUCUGUCAAACAUAUGCCGGCGGUUCUGUUGGUGGGGCAGUGAAAUUAAAUCAUGGGAUAUGUGAUAUUGCUGUCAAUUGGUCCGGCGGGUUACACCAUGCUAAGAAGUGUGAGGCUUCAGGUUUUUGCUAUGUGAAUGACAUAGUGCUUGCCAUCUUAGAGCUUCUUAAAGAUCACCAGAGAGUCUUGUAUGUCGAUAUUGAUAUCCAUCAUGGUGAUGGUGUUGAAGAGGCCUUUUAUACUACAGACAGGGUCAUGACGGUUUCAUUUCAUAAAUAUGAAGAUUAUUUUCCUGGUACUGGGGAUAUAGAUGAUAUUGGACAUGGGAAUGGGAAAUAUUACUCCCUUAACGUCCCAUUAGAUGAUGGUAUCGAUGAUGAGAGCUAUCAAAUUCUGUUUAAGCCAAUAAUGAGCAAAGUGAUGGAAGUCUUUAAGCCCAGUGCUGUGGUGUUGCAAUGCGGUGCCGAUUCAUUGUCUGGAGAUAGAUUGGGUUGCUUCAAUCUCUCAAUUAAAGGCCAUGCAGAAUGUGUGAGAUAUAUGAGGUCUUUUAAUGUACCAUUGCUAUUGCUGGGUGGCGGCGGAUACACUAUACGCAACGUAGCUCGUUGCUGGUGCUAUGAAACUGGAGUUGCUCUUGGAAUAGAACUUGAAGAUAAAAUGCCACAGCAUGAAUAUUAUGAGUAUUUUGGCCCGGAUUAUACUCUUCAUGUCGCUCCGAGUAAUAUGGAGAACAAAAAUUCUCGUCAAAUGUUGGAAGAAAUGCGAGCAAAGCUGCUAGAAAAUCUCUCAAAACUUCAGCAUGCACCAAGUGUUCAAUUCCAGGAGCGCCCUCCGGGUACUGAACUUCCAGAGGAUGAUGAGGAUCAAGAUUGUAAAGAUGUAAGGUGGCAGGAUCAUGAUUCUGAUGUAAAGUAUGAACCGAGGGAUGAAGUUUGGAACACACAACCUACGCGAGUGAAGAGGGAGAUUGUUGGACCUGAAGCCAGUGUCACUGAUGCCAUGCAAAUUGAUCAACGUGAGGAGUAUGCGCAUCGACAUUCAAAGAUCCAAUAAUACUAAAGAUGGUACUGCAGUAGCUGUAGAACCCAUAUUUUCUUAGGUUCUGUUGGAUGAAGGGUUUUGAUAACUUAGAAAAUUGUGGUCAUAUAACAAUUUUAUACAUCAGAGAUGAAUAGACUAAGCCAUAGAAUGCCCCCUCCCCUUGAAACUCGUCCAAUACUCUGCAUUGAGACAAAACCUUAAAGCUUGUUUGCUUCAGGGAUUGCAGAAGGAAUAGGGGAGGAUAAAUCUUUAUUUAGUUAAUCACUUUAUUUUCGAUCAUCUAAAUGUAGAAAUAAUUUUGACAAUAAAUAUUGAUCCCUUCUCUCCCUCCUAACCGAGCCAAACAAGCCUGUAAGCAUUUUUCUUAACAGCUAACAUUUUAAUCUCAUGUCAUGUUCUCUGGGGUUCAAAUUCAGGUGCAGUCACAUCAGAAAAGCCUGAAAUGCAUGGAAACAUGAAACGAGAAAUGCGACGAAACGGUGAUUAUGGAUUUAUGACAAGCUUUCUAGUUCCCAAAUACGAAGUAUAACGCUUCUGAUAUGCACUUGGGAGUUGGGAACUUGCAUGUUUGGUCGGUUUUUGACACACUCCGUAUUUUUUAUAUGGAAAAGUAAUGAGGGGUAUAGUUAUUUUUAUGCUCUAGUAAAUCCUAAGCGAUUUUUGAGCAACUUUUUAAUUACUAAAGCUAAUUGUGUUAUAGAAUGAAUGUGAUUUAUUUAAGAGUAAAAGUUGGAGUGUUUGAUAAAAACGUGAUUCAUAUGUAGUAGUUGGUGAGCGAUCGCGAUGAAGAUUUAUGGCUCUUCCAAGUUCCAACUCAAACUGGUCCAAAAUACACAAUGAAAAUCAAUGUGGAGCGAAAAUUCUAUUACAUUAAGGUGCUACAUCACCAUCCUAUUUUAGUACAAGGGAG